AUGGAAAACCAAAGUUAUGUGACUGAGUUCAUUCUACUGGGACUUUCACAGAACCAAAAUAUUCAGAAAAUGGCGUUUGUUAUCUUUUUAAUUUUGUACCUUUUAACUGUUGGAGGAAAUUGUUUUAUUGUUGUGACCAUCAUCUGUAGCCCUUCCCUUCUGGAUUCUCCUAUGUACUUCUUUCUAGCAUUUUUGUCCUUCCUAGAUGCCUGCUUCUCCUCUGUUAUUGCUCCAAAAGUUAUAAUAGAUUCUCUCUAUGAAAGGAAAACCAUAUCCUUUCAAGACUGUAUGGGCCAGAUUUUUGCAGAGCAUUUCCUGGCAGGUGUUGAGGUGAUUGUCCUCACAUCCAUGGCCUUUGACAGGUAUGUGGCUAUCUGUAAGCCUCUGCACUACACGACAAUCAUGAGUCGACAACUGUGCAUAUUGUUGGUGGGAGUAGCUUGGGCUGGAGGAUUCUUGCAUUCCAUGAUUCAGAUUUUCUUCAUGCUCCCAUUACCCUUUUGUGGUCCUAAUAUAAUCGAUCAUUUUAUGUGUGACUUGUAUCCUUUGCUGAAACUUGCCUGUACUGACACUCAUGUUCUUGGUCUGAUGGUGGUGGCCAAUAGUGGCUUCAUCUGUAUCAUCAACUUUUCCCUUUUGCUUAUCUCGUAUGGGAUUAUACUGCACUCUUUAAGGACAUACAGCACUUCAGCACGACGCAAAGCCCUCUCUACCUGUGGCUCCCACAUCACAGUUGUAGUCUUAUUUUUUGUACCAUGUAUAUUUGUAUAUACUCGCCCUCCCACUACUUUCUCUUUUGAUAAAAUGGUGGCGAUAUUUUAUAGCUUUCUAACUCCCUUAUUAAAUCCACUUAUCUACACAUUUAGAAAUACAGAAAUGAAAAAUGCCAUGAAGAAACUGUGGAACAAAACAGUGAUUUCUGAUGAAAAAUAA